CGAUCAGCGAGGGAAGGAAGCACGGAGGACCUAGGUGUCUUGACGAUGAUAGCUCCCACUGAAUAUAAGGCCUGCCGUACAGUAUGUUGAUCUGGCUCUUCCGCCGCCUUCUCGUUUGUUCCCUUUCCAUAGCUUUCCACGGCCUGCCCUGACCCGUCCUCUAUGUUUGCUGCAUGAGACCCUCGAUUGCUGACCGCACUGAAAGAUGAAUGCCCACCGACCUCGCCCUGACAGCGUUGGAAGACGCCCCGGCCCCAUGGAGCCUGGUCGAGCUUUUCCACGAUUGCGUUCUAAUAGCCUCGGGCAGAGCUCGAGGCCUGCAGACUCCAACGCUGCCAGUGCUCCUCUGCGUUCGCGCCUUGAUAGCUUCUUGUCACAUAAGAAAUCGGGCAGUAAGCCCACCGCACCGUCAAGUUAUGUUCCCGUUGACGCACCGACGGAGCCUGUGUAUCCUCAUUCUACGAUCUUUCGCGAUUCUAGCCAGAUGGAACUACACGUUCGAAGCCCCUCCGUCAAAAUGACUCGGCCGCCAGGCUAUGAAGUUGCUCGGUCUUUGCCCACAUACGACCAUCACAACAAGGUCCAUGGGACAAUCAUGUUCGAUCCAUCGUUGUAUACUGCUUCUGGGCGGUUGACCAUCACGUUGGAGGGAGCGUUUGUCUUCAUCGCUCCUCCAGCGAUCACCUCACUGUUAGCGCCAAUGGCAAACACUUCUAGUAUGCACCGGCAUGUCUUCUUGCACUCGACUCACACGAUCCCUAUGGACGGCACUAUUGAAGCGCGUCGCUCGACUUCAUCUCUUCGAGAGUCCCUUCGAGAGUCCCUUCGAGACACAAUAACCACCAGCGUACGGUCCCGCAGGAGAGAACGUCGGCCCGGCCAAUCAAACGCCAGUAAGGGGGCUCUUCGGCCCUUCCCAUUCACCUUUGAUGUACCGACGCCAACAAGACGUGGCGAAGAGCUGCCGCCUACGUUCCGUUCAGUCGCCGAAGGCCUUGGUGGUAUACGGGGACGAGCUUUCGUCGAGCGAUCGGAGGUCACAUACAAGCUGAUCGCAACAUGGGACAGCAACACUGGGAGUGAUCAGAUAUCAGUCGAGGCACCAAUCGUUUUCGAGCCCGACGCCGACUUUGAGUCUCUAGAUGGGCGAGAACUGCAGCCUGAAUCGUGGGCGGAGGUUCAGCUGCGGUCAGACAGACCGUUGCCAUUCACCUGUGUGGCCGCGCUACCAGAUAUGCCUUCUUUUCCGCGCUCAGCGUCCAUCCCGUACUACGUCGUAUUCACGACAAAACCUCGGUCUGCGACGCUUGCGCGAGAAAUCGUGCUAGAUGCGACGAUCACCGUAGCACUCGUCCGACAGGUCAACAUCGACGUUGCCCCUGGUUCUCCAUCGUCUUCUUCAGCAUCUCCCGUCUCGCCGUCGUCUUCGAAUACUUCUAUCGAGGAGGCAUCUGCCUUCAUCCUCACGCACAAAACCAAUAUCAUGAAGAGAAUGGUCAAUAGUGCGCCCCCAAUUCUCUCGCGACGACAGCCAAAGCCUCCACCGCCCCUCAAUGUGAACAAGCCGCUUCCUGAGAUAGCUCCUGAGGGAUACUCAAACACACGUACCAUUCUCAUGGACAUAUAUGCGGGCUUUCCGAAGCGUCCCCGUCUUCGUAUGGAUCCGGGCCAGCAGCAUCCGUCCUUGACAGCUCACACGCAACUACCGGACGGCCUGUACAAAUCGAAGCUGCAGCUCAACAAGGAGAUGAUGCCAUCAAUCGAGUGGGGAGAUUUGAGUGUAAAGUACUUCCUGGAUGUCUCGGUUCUCUUCGGCUCAGAUGAGUUGAGAGCUCGCAUUCCGAUUCGUGUUCUAUAAAGGAUCAAUCAUUCACGUUCCAGCAAGAACUCUCACAAUUUUCAUCACGAACAUCUAUGAUUUACUUGCAUCUGCUCGUCAUGCUCGAGGGUUUGCUGGUUAGGCCCGUUCCGUUCUCUGCUGCAUGUCGUUAUGUUAUCAGAUAGUAUUCAAACAUACAUACUUAGUCGCUUCUUGUUGACCACGCAAUUUGUCCUACAUACCUUAUCAAUAUCUCGAAAUCCAAAGCAAUACACCUCAUGAAGUUGGC